AUGGCCGCGCUGGCUUCAAUACUACAGCGCCUGCUCCUCGCCCAAUUCGUGCACAAAGAAGGCGACUCCUCCUUCCCGCUCAUCUCCAAAUCCCUUUCUUCGCAUCCGCUGCUGCGGGAUUCGGGACUCAAGCCUAUAUCUGAUAAAGAAUGCGAGGAGUUGUAUAAUGCCAUGCUGAAAGCAGAAGGCCUCGAACGCCAACCCAGCACCGGCAUCGGCGCCGACGUCGAACCCUCACCAUCCGUCAUCAAACUGACCGAACUCCUCUACAGCCGCUACCGCAAAGAGCUGAUCCAGCAAGUCCGCCAGGACGAGCAGGAUUACCGGAAAUACCUGCGCGAGAUCGAGGAGAUUGGAAGAGGGGAGUGGGAUACGCGGUUGCAGGAUUUGGAAGCGAUUGCGUUUCAGCAGACGCAGACGCAGGAAGAUGAGGAGGACGAGGAUGAGGAUAAGGAUAAGGAGAAUGCGUCGCCGGCAGUUGUUGCUGAACCCGCGACGACAGCUACACCAGCAGCGGAAGCAGCCACCACACCAACAGCAGCAGCAGCAGCUACUGCAGAACAACCCGCCGACGCGCAAGACCAAGCAGCCUCACAAGCAGACGAGUUCGUCGACGCAAGAGAGGAAUCCACCGGCCUCGAAGACCUCGAGAUGAAAGAUAUCAUGGACGACCUGCUCGCAGAGGACGCGGCCCAGCCACAACCUCCCCCACCGACUGACGACACGAGCACCAGCCAGACGCAAGAACAACCGUCGAGCUCGGCGGCCGGCGACGGAAGUUCAAUGGCCGUCGUACCAAACGAAUCUACAAUCUCGAUGCCAAACUCAUCCACCGCAGCAGCAGACUCCUCAUCCUCCUCUCAAAUCCAAACCCCUCCCCAGCCACAAUCAACAUCCAACGCGGUCCUCACGGAAGAAGACCUCCAUCUCGAUCAAUCCGCGCUCGACUCUGUACCUCCUAGCCUCGCCUCGUCUGAUAAGCUGGGGGAUGGCGAGCAAGAGGACGUCGAGAUGGCUGACGCGCCGCCGUCGUCGUUUCCAACUUCUACCACGAAGACGCAGCAGCAGGACGUGCAGGCUACGAGCGAGGAUAUGGAGCGGACGGUGUCACCUGAUGAACCACUUCAAGCUGCUGCUACAAAGCCUGAGAUCGCAGCGCCUCAACCCGCGCAGAUUCCACCCCCACCAGCACAACCUGAGCACACAGUCUCUACAGAAGAAGCCAUCGCACCUUCAGAAGAUCUACCCUCCCCACCACAACAACAACAACAACCACCCUCUCCAUCACAAACCCCGCGCACAAGAUCCUCAAAACCAGACACGACGACGACAACGCCCGCACUCCCCGCCUCCGUCGAAGAACUCAAGCAGCAGGAAUUAGCACAGCAACAAUCUAACGCGACGGAUACGGAAGCUACAGAGUCGCUUGCGGAUGAGGCGAAUGAAGAGGUAGCUGAGGAUAACGCGGGCGAGAGUAAGAUUGAGGAGACUACGGAGGUUGUGGAGGAUGUUGAGUCUACUGCUGAUGCUGAUGAUGAUGCUGCUGGUGAGGAGACUGCGGCGGAAGAGCCAGAAGUCGAAGCGCAAGCUGUGAAAGAAGAGCAGGAGGAAGAAGCUGUGGAAGAGCAGGAGGAAGAAAAAGAACAAGAAGAAGAGGAAGAGGAAAAGCCUAGGACGCGCCGCCAGCUCCGGGCGAAAGCAGAGGCAGAGAUGGAGGUGGAGGCUGCGUCUGAACCUGCCGAGGCAGAGGCAGAGGCAGAGGCAGAGAACGAAGAGGCUGCAGAGGCAGAGUUCCAAGCGCUCGUGACCCCUCUCCUCUCCAACAUCUCCUCCAACCGCUCCGCCUCCUUCUUCUCCGCGCCCGUGUCCGAGAACGACGCGCCAAACUACCACAGCCUGAUCUACCAGCCCACCGAUCUGCGGACGAUAAAGUCGAUGGUCAAGGACGGGCGGAUCCAGACGUCGAGUGAGUUGGAGAGGGAGGUGAUGAGGAUGUUUGCGAACGCGGUGAUGUAUAAUUCGUGGGAGUCGGAUAUUAGUGAGUGGAGUAGGGAGAUGCAGAUGGAGACUGAGACUUUGAUUGCUGUGUUUAGAGGCGCGGAGAGGAGGGGAUUGAGCGGGACUCCGCAGCCUACGCCUGGGCCGGAGAUGAAGAGGAGGAAGAAGUAG